AUGACACGCGCGUCACCAUAUCAGAUAUCGCGCAGAAGCGACGACAGUCCUUCAAGGAAAGUGGAAUAUGAUUUGGAACGCGCCUUCAACCAAGUGCAUCUCCAUCAUGCCGAAUGUCAGAAGCUGGACUCUUUUCAGCGUCGCCAACAACAAGAAGAGCUUGACGCAAAAGAGAUGGCCCAGGCUGAGGUCCAUCGAAAAGAGAUUAGCCAUGCAGCUGCUCAGCAUGAAUUAGUCAGACAACAGGCUGAAGCCGUUCUCCGAUCAUUUCUGAAAAAAGAAGAGGAAGAUCGACGGAGGCGUGAAGAGGAGCGGAGGAGGCAGGAGGAAGAAGAGGAGAAUCGGAGACAAGAGGCAGAGGCUGCAAGAAGACGCGUUGAACAGGAACGCAGAGACCGCGAAGAGAGAGAGCGGCGAGAGAGAGCUGAGACAGAAGAGCGAGAACGGGCUGAGAGAGAACGACUUCAAAAGGAGAAGGCUGAGGCUGAAGAAAACCAACGACGAGAACGCGAAGCAACUGCACAAGCUGAAAAACUCGCACGAGAACAGAAGGAGAAGUCUGACCAGGAACUUGCACUCAAGCAACAACAACAAGAAGAGGCUGUACAUAAGAUUCAAGCCCAAGCAGUGACACCUUCAGCGAUACCUGGACAACACCCAACACAUACUACCACUCCUGGUCGGUCCGAUCAGGAAGCGGAACAUAGACAUUAUUUGGCACUCCAUCGAAAACUCAAAGCCUUUCGGAAAGAAUUUUGGGCAAACUCAAGAAAAAAUGCGACACUGAAGCCUCAUGUUGGUGACAUGAGACGCACAAUAAAGACAUGUAUUGGUCAAUUGACGGACGACAAAGUUGGCAAUAGAGUUCCUCAUGAAAGAAUACGCACAAUAUUACUGAGAGCCUUGAAAGAAAUUCCUUCUUCGCCAGUCAGCGUCAACGAAUACCUCCCACCAGGUCUCAGUCUCCUGGACAAAGGCCAGACCACCGUCCCAGAACUCCUCCUCUACCUACUCUCCAUGUUCAGCAAAGCCGUUAUGAACGCCUUUGUAGGCGAAUGCGCUGUGAAUCCCAAGGCAGCAGAACCGAUUGGCACACUCGCAGCUCAGAUCUUCUCCAUGCCAGAGCUGCAAUUCCAGCGCAAUGUCCCAUCCGUCAAUUCCGGUAUCCACUACGAAGCCUUUGGCGGUUCAACUCCCACACCACCCAUGAAACCCAGCAGCUGCUCUCUGAUCGCAGUUUUGAUGUGCAAAUUCCACGCGGUGGCACCUAUCCUCUUUGGCAUCUCUGGGUCCGAAUCCACCACCGCCGGAAAACUACGCCUGGGCUGGCGUAAGGAGUCAGUCUCAGACGAUACAAAAGCAUUCGUCAGUGAGCAAAAGCAAUACGAUCGCCUAACCGGCCUUGGGGUUGGCUACGCUUCAAUCGCCCUACGAAAUUUCGCCAGAUCACGCCUCAUCAACCCCUGGCCACCCCACCAUUACUGGACGAGCCUCGCCAGCAUCGUCAAUACCCCACCCACCGAAGUCCAAACCAGUCACCUCAUCCUACUCAAAUCCAUGCUUGAGAAUAUCGCCCGCGACAGAUUCGUACUCUUCUAUGGGGCUGCUGGAAUCGCUGCUCUGAGACAAGCUGUCGUUGCUUUCCCAGCCUCUUUGCCAAGAGAGAUGCAGGAGAAACCCGCCGCGAGAGCAUUGAUGCUCUUAGGCGAGGGCUGGAACAUGGGCUGGGAUUGA